AUGGACUGCAGUCGCUUCUUCGAGUGCCUCCUUGGCCAAUUCCCGCAGCCUCAACAGCAGCCAACCAUUGCGGAGAAGCAAGCCGGUAUCAUCACCGAUCAGCCUCUCCGGUCUGCUCAAGAUGCUGCCAGCGAGUUCAUUGACGUUCUACGCACCGCCGAGAAGGACGGUAAGGACCUUGAGCGCCGUCUCAAGAACAUUGUCACUAUCAAUUCCUGGACGGAGGAGCUUGCAAAGUACAUCCUCCAGGGCGUUGAGGCUCUCGUCCAACACCGCGACACCAUCGGCCAGGUUGUCAGAGAGGCCAUGGACAAGGCCACCGAUGCCGCCGAGAGCAGCUUUGAAUUCGCAAAAGACCAUCCGGUGUUCGUUACAAUCAUCGCUCUCGGCAUCUUGGUCAUUAUCGCUCCCUGGGUUCUCGAGGCUCUCGGCUUCGGCGAGCCCGGCCCAGUUGCCGGUUACGUACCCAAGCGGUCUCUCUUCUCCUUCUUCCAGCGCCUCGGCAUGGUAUGGAAUGAACACUGGCUUCAUGAUGGAGGGUGGUACGCGUAA